AUAUUCAACCGGACUCACGUUGCACAAAUGUGUCAAGCGCACGGGAGCACUAGGCGACUUAGCCUAGCUGAGUUCUAAUAAAAUAAAUAGUUGAAUUACGACCAGAAGACACGUUCAUAGGGAAAAUACAUUUAAGUGGAUGCACGCGUAUGGAGCAAAAGAACUGAAAACAAACCACCUCUUCGGCAUUCCACGAAAAUGAAAAUACCCCAUGGAACCCAUUCCUGUUUUUGAUCAUAUGAAGACCCCCGCUGAUGAGGGCGAUUGUCGGAAUUACCACUAAUGUGUGACCAAAGUGAAGAGAUGCUCGCUGGAGACAGCGGUCCAGAUGGAGAGGAGCCCGUGAUACAGUCGUCAACAGGAGGUGACAGGAUGUCAUCGGGGCAGCGGGUCGGACGGGCUCAGUCUACAAGUGUUCACGUUUGUGGAGAGGUGGCACAAGAAGACGAGGAGAUGACUAGCGGGUCGCACGACCUUGCCUCCCCGGAAUAUCACAGCACCGGAAGCGCCACAGAAUCCACCUCGGCUUCUACAAAGAGCAGCAUGAAUACAGAUGGCAGCAGAGGUCAAGUCCACAAAAAAAUGAAGAACACAGUAGCUGAGAUGAAGAAGCGGCUUCCAUCUGACAAACGCAGCCGCAGCAAAGCCAGCACUGUCGAGGCCUUGCAUUAUGCCCUCAAGUGUGUCAAACAAGUGCAAGCCAAUAGCGAGUAUUACAAGUUGCUGAUGCGAAACGGCCACGACAAGAAGAGCAAUGCCACCGUUUGUACCCGUGAAGAGCUGGAAAGAGUCACCUCGGAACACACUCUUAAGAACACGGACUCCUUCGUGGUGGUCUUCUCGCUGUCGAGUGGCCGUGUUCUGCACGCGUCCGAGCAGGCUCCUAGCAUCCUGUGCUGCAAGAGGAAGUUCCUUGAGUCGGCCAAGUUUGUGGAGUUGCUCUUCCACCAGGAUGUCAACGUCUUCUAUUCGCAUACGGCACAGCCGCAUCUGCCGCCCUGGACCAACUCACACACAGCGGGGGUAUUAUUUGACUCUGCCCAGGUCAAGUCUUUCUUCUGCAGAAUCAGAGGUGGCAAGGAUCGUGAGGGGGAGAUGCGCUACAACCCGUUUCGUGUCACGCCUUACCUGCUGAAGGUGCAGGGAACAGGGAGCAGCGGGGAGGAGAAAGAGCUGUGCUGCUUGGCCCUGGCUGAACGCAUCAUUUCAGGAUAUGAAGCACCUCGAAUCCCCAUGGACAAGCGCAUCUUCACCACCACGCAUUCACCUGGCUGCGUUUUCCUCGAAGUGGACGACAGGGCGGUGCCAUUGCUGGGAUACCUCCCUCAAGAUCUGAUCGGCACGUCGUUGUUAACCAGCAUUCAUCCAGAAGACCACGCCCUCUUGUUGUCUAUGCACCGAAAGGUGUUAAAGUGUGCGGGUCAGUCACCGUUCGAACACUCGCCGGUUCGAUUGCGCUGUCAGAAUGGAGAUUAUAUCACAUUGGACACCAGCUGGUCCAGUUUCAUCAACCCUUGGAGCCGCAAGGUGGCCUUCAUCAUCGGACGCCACAAAGUCAGAACGACUCCACUGAACGAGGACGUGUUUGCUUCUCCCAGUAAAGUAGAUUUAACUGUGACCCAUGAAGAAAUUAAAGAUUUGCAAGCCAAGAUCUAUAAACUCUUCUUGCAGCCUGUCCAUACCAACGGCUCCAGUGGUUAUGGAAGUUUAGGAAGUAACGGUUCUCACGAGCAUUACAUCAGCGUUGCUUCUUCAAGUGACAGCAAUGGUAACUUGUGGGAGGACUCACACCGAGAGCCUAUGACUCUUCAACAAAUCUGUGCCGAUGUGGACAGAGUCAGGAAUUGGGGGCAGCAGCCCUAUUUUGAUUCCAGCCACAAAAUUGGUCGUCUUGGUAAACCUGCCCCAGCAGCACACUUGGUUCCAGUAACCUCCAAUCCUGAGGUGGGGGAACCUGAAGAAAGCAGGAAACAGACACACAUUCCCUCCUACCAGCAAAUCAACUGUGUGGACAACAUUAUCAGAUACUUGGAUAGCUGUACGGGGCCAGCUCUGAAACGGAAAAGUGAAUCUCAUUCCCUCGCCACUUCUUCGUCAUCCUCCACCUCCGAAGAUGACAAGCCUGCCGGAGCCAAUGACACGACUCAAGCUGCCUCAGAUGUGGCCAUGUUGGAAAGCGAGGUGUCGGUCGGGCCGAGCACAGCGGCAGUUGUAGGAGCUCCUCUCACAGACAUCACCAUGUCCACUAAGGCAAUGAGUGUGGUCUCUGUCACCAGUCAGUGUUCAUACAGCAGUACCAUCGUCCAUGUGCCCCAACCUGAAUCAGAGGCUACAGCCCUCGAGGAUGUGCCAAUGGGCAGCGAGCCCACUGACGCUGCACCGGCCCCGGUCCGUCCUACACCAAGCCUGGCCACUGAAGAGCGCAGAUUUGUUGGUCUCACCAAGGAGGUGCUUUCAGCUCACACGGAGAAGGAGGAGCAAGAGUAUGUGGACCGGUUCCGCAAUCGCAUUCUGCCGAGUCCCUACAGUUUCUACCUCCAGUUGGACAACAGCUCCAUGGCUCACUCCCAACACAGAGGUGAAUACCUACGUCCAAUGAACGUCGGUGGGCUUAGCCGCACUCGAAGAGCAAAGCCCAGACUUAGGCGCCCCAAACCGGUGGGUUCGUCAGACAGCUAUGCCUCUCCACCCGGACCUUCUCGCCGUGUCCCAGAUUCCUCGUGGCCCUCUUCUGAAUCCUCCCAGCCACAGAUGGCAAUGCCCUACAAUCAAACCUCUCCACUUCAAGCGCCAUUCUUUCCCAUGUUGGCGACUCAACCCGCCCCAGAACAACCGCCACGACAGCUACCCGGAACCCCUCCCAUGGUGGUGCAACCCCCUGACCAGACCCAGUUCAACUACAAUUUCCACCUCAUGCAGCAAAAUCAGACCUUGCCAGGCAUGCAAAAUAUACAGAAGGAACCCAUCCAAAAUCUGCAGAGUAUCCCCAAUUUUCACAAUAUACAGCCCAUGGCUCCAGCCCAGAGUAUCAAUCCCUUCAUGACACCAGUCAUGGCCGUCAUGCUGCCUAACUUCCCAACUUUCACAUCAGGUUAUCCACCCAUUUUCUCCACCCCCACUGUCACCAUGCUGCCCCAGGCACCCAUCACCAUGGCAGGAUUCCCCCCCGGUGUCCCCUUCGUGCAACCCCAGUUCCAAGGCCAGCCACCCCAGUUCCAAGCCCAGCCCGUGCCCCAAGCUCAGACAUCUCCUGGGCCCCUCCUGGGUUCACCCAGAGCCUGCUCCUCGGUCGGGGAGGAGGAGGAGACGGCAGGCCCGCAUGCAUUGUUCUCCAGCUCGCGCUCGAGUUCUCCACUUCAGCUCAACUUGCUACAGGAGGAACUGCCCAAACCGAGUGGACAGAGCAGCACCGGACACAACCUAGCAGAAAGCCUUCAUGAGCAGGCUGACAACGAGGUUGAUGCCCCAAGUGAUUCUGGGAACCAGGAUGCUCGGUCCACGUCCAGCGAGCUGCUUGACCUCCUUCUGCAAGAAGAUGCACGGUCAGGGACUGGUUCUAAUGCCUCCGGGUCUGGAUCGGGGGAGUCUGGAGGCUCACUAGGAUCUGGAUCUGGCUCCAAUGGAACCUCUACUUCACAUACAGGCAGCAGCAACAGCAGCAAAUACUUUGCCAGUAACGAUUCCUCAGACACAUCACGCAAAGCCCGCAAGAGCCAGGAAGCGCCAGCAGAGCACCAACGCAACUUUGACAAUCAGGUGGAGAGCUCGCUGUGGAGCAUGAUCCAGCACACGUCAGAGCAUGUCAUGAUGACGUACCAGAUCCAUACGAGGGACCAGACUGAAGUGUUGGCUGAGGACAACGAGAAGCUACGAGUGCUUCAGCCUCUCCAGCCGUGGUUCAGCCAAGAUCAGCGAGAGGAAUUGGCCCUCGUCCAUCCCUGGAUCCAGCAGCACACAAUCCCACAAGAGAUAGACACUCAGGGUUGUGCGACUUGCAGCGUUGGUGCGGGAGCAGCCCAUUCACCUCCGCCCCCAGAUCCCGAUAGCUCGUCCCCUCUGGAGGUCCUGGAGCCAGACUCCAUUGCCGACACUUGAGAGCUGUGACCCUAAACUACCAUCCACCCUCAACAACUCCCACCACGCAUCUUGUCUGAUCAGGCCAGGGGACUUGUUCUCCAUUUCUUAGCCUAUCUUGAUCUGUAUAGGGGGGCAAAAGACAUGGACAUUUGAUUUUACAGGUAUUUGUGCUCCAUCAGCCUAAAGUGACUGCUGUCAUGGGACCAGGACUACGUUACUUCUCCAUGUUGUUUCAAAUAUAUCCCUCCAUGUGCUGCCCCCUGAACAAGAACACGCUCUCACACUGGCCCUGUAGGUCAUGUGAUGGGACAAAGACCCCACUGGCCCGGUCCAAGUACCAAGCGACACUCUUUAAUGGAGUAAAGACUAUUUUAGGAGGUGAGUCUCAUCGUUGACACUCGCUGAACAUGAGCACUGUGCGCACAAAGACAUUACUGCCCUCGUUUGUGCAUCCCAAGCACUUAAUGUACACGGUGUACACUUUGUACAGCACACGAACUCCUUCAGUGACAUCAUGUCACGCCGCGGUGGACACAUGGUAGAUUGUUGUAAAUGGUUGUCUGGAUACAAAGGUGAGCUGCUCUCUGCAAAAUGAUGCGCUUAAUCUUAUUGAAUGAAUUGCUACCGGAGUAUCAAUUCUGUAUUCCAUUGGUCGAUUGAUUGUCUGUUGUUGAGAUGCCCGCAAGUUAUGCGGCCUACUAAACAGCAGAAGCACUAUGAUGAUCGUUUCAAGCAGAAUUUACAAGUAUGCGCUUUCCCUAAAAAUCCUGCCCUAUUCUCAACUCACUACUUUCAUGUGAUGCUGGAAUUACUUGCGUAUUCCUUUUUGAGAGAGUGUGUGUGCGUUUCCACUUGACUCUGAAUGUUGUAGCUAGUUAUGUGCUGUUGUGAGCACGUGACCGCUGCGUCCUUCCACACGGUGGCCCGUUUGUCCGAAACCAACCUGGCUUUCUUACCUAUUUUAGAUUGAGAUGAUAUAAAACAGUUUCAUGUUUUAUAGGCAAAAAUGUACACAAAACUUCAGUGUAUAAAAGCCCUUUGUCUUGAAUUCAGGGACUGUUUGUGACACAAAGGAAUGAAUAAAUGAACUAUGAUGUCUGA